AUGGGGAAAUUCUGGGUCUUUGUAUUGGUUGCAGGAAUUUUUAUUGCUGUCAUAAACAAACUCUGCAUAGAAGAUCCUGUAUAUGAAAGCUGCACUGAAAACUUGCCACAGCUCAACUUAGAUAUGAAGGUCGGCAAUGUUACUACAGAAGAUGGCAAAUUGGCUUAUUCUGGGUACUUGACCUCUCCAACAUUGAAAUGGGAUCCUAGCAUUUUUGAGCACAAUUGGAGGUUUAAGCAAUGGGAAUUCUAUGGAAUUUAUGCAGAUAACAUAACUUUAGCAGUGGCCACAGUAGACUUACUCUUCAUUGGCAAGCAAGGAAGGUAUUUUGCUUGUUUGUGGGAUUAAUAUUUUUUUUGUUAUUUGCAAGUACAUUUUAAUAUGUUAAUGCAUGCUCAUCCUUGGCAGGGGAUUUUCAUCUCUGCAUGAUCUUCGUCACUGAGGGAUCCUAGUAGACACACACUUAGCCGCCGAAGGCAAGGGAUUCACACACACCUUUUUGGUUUCUAUGGCUCCUGGAGACUAAGGACCUAUCAACUUGGUCAAAAACUCCCAGUUUCUCGCUAAAUAGAAGUCACCUCUUAAGCCCUACUCUAUGAUUUAUCAUCUACUUGGGCUGUCUCCAAUGAUGGCCUUGAAGAUAAAACUCAAUUCUUAGGGAUCAGCUCCUAGUGGUUCGGGAAAAUCUAUCUGAUACAUAAAUGAUUACUAACCCCUUUAACACUGAGUCGCUGCCUAAUGCUGUUGAAGAAAUAGAGUCUAGAGUUCGGAUGGUCUGUUGCCACCAUUUUUAUGUAUAAGUACAUUUUAAUAUACUAGUCUACAUUUUACUGUAAUAACCAACUUUGAUUACACACCAAACUAUUGAGAAAAAAAAUUAUUUAAUUUCCCAGAGAAUAAGAUAUUCAAAUGAUUUUAUCGUUUACCAUGUAAGGAAGUUUAGGGAUAUGUGAAAAAUGUAUUCAUCACCAUUUACGAAAAGGGCAAGGAUCCUGUCACAAUUGAAGAAAUAGUACCUUUUUGGGUGCCUUCUAAUAUGACUCAGGACUCUUUGAAAGGAACAACUAGAUUCAAUAUACAUUUUAAUGAAUAUUAAUACUUUAUGGCUAAGCUUUACGAAAUUAUUUUUAAAAAAAUAAUAGUGCUUGGCUACCAGUAUACAGUCUCUUUAAAUAGAUAUACUACAAAUUUCUUUAUGUUUUUCCAUAACAAUGGAAAAGAUAUGAAAACUGUGGUAGCCAACUAUAAAAAGACUGAAAUUGAUAUUAACCUGAUUUUUGUUAAAGGGAAGCAUCAAGAAGGAAUGGUAUACUUAGGCCCUAUGAAUGAUGAUGGUUCAAAAUUCUUUUACUCUCAUAAGCAAUAUAAUUAUUUAGUAGAUGGAUACCUAACUUACAACGGAAAAAAUCACUUGUUCAGCAAGCAGCUUGGAGUCAUGGAUUGGGGAAGAGGAAUUUGGCCUUAUCACAGCAGAUGGAUUUGGGCGUCAGGUCUAGGCGUUCACAAAGGUGUUUAUUUAGGCCUCAACAUAGGAGAAUUGCCAGGUAAAAACCAUUACGCAACAGAUGAUUGUUUAUUUGCAAAUGAGACAGUCAUAAAAAUAGGUGUUGUAAAUACUCAGCAUCCUAAAAAUCUCCUAGAUCCAUGGGUCUUUACCACAGUCAACGAUCGGCCUCACCCUAAUUAUGCAUUCAUGAACAUGACUUUCUAUCCAGAAAAGGUCUUUGAGAAGUCUUUUUCAGUUUGGGUCAUCAAAUCUGACUUAAAGCAGCUAUUUGGGACUUAUAAAGGGAUCGUAAGGACGACUGAAUAUGAAGUAGAAGUAGUCGUCAGAGGAUUCAUGGAAGUACAUCAUGCUAGAUGGUAA